CAUUUUCGUUGGGGGAGCACAGAGGCGGAUACCGGCUGAGCAGCUGCAGGAGGAAGAUGCGCCCCGGCACCGCGGCUGUCAGCUAGGAGAGGCCCGGCCCGGGAGAGGAGGACGCCGGUGAUACCCCGGAUACCGCAGCUGACACCAGUGAAGAGCGCUGACACUGACCGCUGAACGAAUGUAUGACAACAUGUCCACGAUGGUGUUUCUGAAGGAAGAUAAGUUGGAGAAACUCACCCAAGAUGAGAUCAUUUCCAAGACCAAGCAGGUGAUCCAAGGCUUAGAGGCCUUGAAAAAUGAGCACAACUCCAUCCUGCAGAGCCUACUGGAAACCUUGAAGUGCUUGAAGAAAGAUGACGAGAGCAACCUGGUGGAAGAGAAAUCCAACAUGAUCCGCAAGUCUCUGGAGAUGCUGGAGCUGGGAUUAAGCGAAGCACAGGUUAUGAUGGCCUUAUCGAACCACUUGAACGCAGUCGAGUCUGAGAAACAGAAACUGAGAGCCCAGGUCCGACGGCUGUGCCAGGAAAAUCAGUGGCUGCGGGACGAGCUGGCCAACACCCAGCAGAAGCUUCAGCGCAGCGAACAGUCCGUGGCCCAACUGGAGGAGGAGAAGAAGCAUCUCGAGUUUAUGAAUCAGCUGAAAAAAUAUGAUGACGAUAUCUCUCCAUCGGAUGAUAAAGACAGUGACUCCUCUAAGGAACCUCUGGAUGACCUCUUCCCUAACGAUGACGACGAUCAAGGCCCAGGAAUACAACAACCCCACAGCAGUGCGGCUGCUGCUGCCCAGCAGGGUGGCUACGAGAUCCCAGCACGAUUAAGGACCCUCCAUAAUCUGGUGAUCCAGUAUGCAUCCCAGGGCAGGUAUGAAGUGGCUGUGCCUCUUUGCAAGCAAGCUCUCGAAGAUCUGGAGAAGACUUCUGGCCAUGACCAUCCAGACGUGGCCACAAUGCUUAACAUACUGGCUCUGGUAUACAGGGACCAGAACAAAUACAAAGAUGCCGCCAACCUGUUAAAUGACGCGUUAGCCAUACGCGAGAAGACCUUAGGAAAAGAUCACCCAGCGGUUGCGGCCACCCUUAAUAACCUUGCCGUGCUGUAUGGAAAGCGGGGGAAGUACAAGGAAGCCGAACCAUUAUGUAAGAGGGCCUUGGAGAUCCGAGAAAAAGUGCUGGGUAAAGACCACCCUGAUGUAGCAAAGCAACUGAACAACCUGGCAUUGCUGUGUCAGAACCAAGGCAAAUAUGAAGAAGUGGAAUAUUACUACCAGAGAGCACUGGAGAUCUAUCAGACCAAACUGGGACCAGACGAUCCCAACGUGGCAAAGACUAAGAAUAAUCUGGCUUCUUGCUAUCUGAAACAAGGCAAGUUUAAGCAGGCAGAGACUUUAUACAAGGAGAUCCUGACACGAGCACAUGAAAGGGAAUUUGGGUCUGUGGACGAUGAAAAUAAACCCAUCUGGAUGCACGCUGAAGAGAGAGAAAAAUUCAAAGGGAAACAAAAGGACGGCACAUUUGGAGAAUAUGGAGGCUGGUAUAAAGCAUGCAAAGUUGACAGCCCAACAGUGACCACAACGCUGAAAAAUCUUGGAGCACUUUAUAGACGUCAGGGCAAGUUUGAAGCAGCCGAAACACUAGAAGAAGCUGCGAUGAGGUCACGGAAGCAGGGUCCUGUCUCGCAGGGACUAGACAAUGUCCACAAGCAGCGAGUGGCCGAAGUGUUAAACGACCCAGAAAGCAUCGAGAAAAGGAGGAGCCGAGAAAGCCUGGAUGUGGUAAAGUACGAGAGCGGUCCUGACGGAGGGGAGGAAGUGAGUAUGAGCGUAGAGUGGAACGGGGACGGCACUGGAUCUUUAAAACGCAGCGGUUCCUUUAGUAAACUCCGAGCUUCCAUACGACGCAGCAGCGAGAAGCUGGUCAGGAAGCUGAAAGGAGGCAGUUCACGAGAUGGUGAACCAAAGAAUCCUGGCAUGAAGCGUGCCAGUUCUCUGAAUGUUCUUAACACGGGCGGCAAAGCUGCUGAGGACCACAUGCAAGAACGAAAUAAUUGUCUGACAGAAGUCCGAGGUUUGAGCGCUAGUCACACUGACCUGGCUCAUUGAGCUGAGCAUGGGGACUAGCCACCACGAAGAACGCACUGAGACUAAGCUUCCCUCCCUUCCCCCUCCCUGUACGAGAAGCUUAUUCCUGUCUGAUAAUGGAUUGAUGUUACUUUUUUUUUUUUUUAAAGGACAAAAAAUAGAUUUUUAAAUUUAGUAUAAUUUUUAGGUGUUCCCCCCCCCCCCUUUUUAAACGGAACCUCUUAUUUAUAGGUGUGUAUGAUGUAUAUAUAUGAUUUGCUGCUUGCACUGUUGUCUGUAGAAAUAUAAUAUAUAAAAUGCGAAAACGCAGAAGUGGGUCACUGUUACAGCAGCCACACGAUAAGCUGAAGACCUGUUGGCUUUUGGUCGUGUUCAUGGGGGUUGGGGAAAGCGUUAAAGGGUCUGUUCACACAUCAGAAUUUGCCGCUGAACGGUGGCCAGUGGUUUUAAAGAGAAUCUGUCAGCAUGAUCAACCCUGUUAGCAUGCUGCCUGGUAGGGUUGAUGAUGCUGAUUAGAACGAUAUCUUUGUUAUGUCUGUAGGUAGAACCGUUGCUGAGAUAUCAGUGUUUUAGUAAUAUGCAGAUGAGCUGGUUGAGCAGCGAGGGGGCAGCCCGAGCCCUUGGAGCACUGCUUUUGUAACAUCCCUCUGAUCUGGACAUUUCCCCCUGCUCCCCUGGCUUGUCUAGCCCCGUCAAUCAAGGGGGAGAGAGGAGUGUCCAGAUCAGAGGGAUGUUACAAACGCAGUGCUCCAAGGGCUCUGGCCGGCCUCUUGGUGCUGAAACCAGUCUAUUUGCAUAUGACUAAACACGCAGAUAUCUCAGCAACGGUUUUAUCUACAGACAUAACAAAGGUAUAGUUCUAAUCAGCAUCAUCAACUGGUUGAAGUGGAUUGAUCAUGCUGACGGGUGCUUUUUAAAGUUGCGACUGCACAGGGAAGGGACAUAUUCCUUCUUGGCAUGGUGUCCGGAAGGACGCUGCUGGAAGCCACAUCGGGUGGCCGCUCGUGGUUUAACAUCAUUAAAUGGGGCUAAACUGCGAGCAGAUGUGCAUUUAAAGUUAUAAAACCACGGAAUAUGUGGCAGGUUUUGACAGCGUCAAAAUCUUCUCUGUGAACAUACCCUGUCACCAGCAGCUAGUUGUGCCUAUUGGGAAAAAAUCAUACUCUCCUGCUCUCCGAUGCUCAGUCUCCCAGUCUGUAAUCUUCUGGACCGGAUCACGUGCACUGCUGUGGCCGGUCACUGGCCUCAGUGGUGACAUGUUCCCAAGCAGCACGCGACCCUGCUGCGAUGUGCCCCUUGAGGACAUGUCACUGCUGAGGCCAAUCAUUGGCUGCAGCAGCGCACGUAAGUUUACAGGCCGGGGAUAUGAGCUUCACCAAACGGAGCACUGCUGCGGCCGGUCACUGGCCUCAGUGGUGACAUGUUCCCAAGCAGCACGCGACCCUGCUGCGAUGUGCCCCUUGAGGACAU